GUAAACUACUAUAUAAUUAAAAAGAAUUUAUUUUAAUGCCAUUUGAGCGUGUGUUACAGUAAUGUUAGCAUUUAAAGUGUUGGGUGUUUUACUUUUAUCUUGUGCGGCAUGCCUCUGCGACCCGGAUCUCUCCGGUUGCGAGGUGGCCGCCAAGACCGAGCAGGGGUAUGUGUGUGGGAGGAUCAGGAAGGCCAACAAUGGGGUGGACUACGCCAGCUUCAGAGGGAUCCGGCACGCUAAGCCGCCUCUGGGAGAACUGCGGUUCAAGGAGCUGCAACCACCCGAGCCCUUUGAUGGAGUCUUCAACGCAACAGAAACUGGCCCCAUUUGUCCUCAAACGGACGUCUUCUACAAAUCCCUGAUGCAGCCUAGGGACAUGAGCGAGGACUGCAUCCGAAUCAACAUCCACGUGCCAUACAAGAACCUUCCCAACAUCUCAGACAGCUCGAAUAACACUGAACUCCUGCCCAUCAUGUUUUGGAUACAUGGAGGUGGUUUUGCGAUGGGCUCGGGGGAUCCCGACUUGCAUGGACCAGAGUACCUGGUCACCAAAGACGUCAUUUUGGUCACCAUCAACUAUAGACUGCACGUUUUCGGCUUCCUAAGUCUGGAUAACGAGUACUUUCCCGGCAACAACGGUCUGAGAGACGCCAUCGCCGCUCUGAAGUGGGUGCAGAAGAACAUAAGGAACUUCGGAGGGAACCCUGACAUGGUAUCAGUGGGGGGGCAGAGCGCUGGUGCCGUAAUGGCACAUUUGCUGACCUUGGCGCCUGCUUCGAGCGGACUCUUCAAACAGUGCAUGGCUUUCAGUGGACAAGGAAUCGUUAGCUUCUUCAGCUACUCCGCAGGCUACAGAGAUGUGGUCAACGCACUUUUCUUCACGGAGAUGAGAAUACCUUACCUUAUUCUAUCACCAAAGCAGAUCCAUGACCAGCUUGUCAAAGCGCCGAUAGAAAAAAUAUUGGCCGCAAACAAAGUCAUCCUAGACAUUUUUGGUGUCACUUCAUUCGCUCCAACUAUAGAAAAGCCACAAGAAAACUUCACAACUAUGAUUUCUGAAGAUCCAGAAAUACUAUACGAAGAAGGCAUCGGAAAAGAAUACCCUGUGCUAUUAGGCUUUGCGAACAACGAAAGUCAUUCUUUCACGAAUAGAUUUUUAGAAUUAAACAUGCCUACGACGCUAACUCUAGCACCGGUGUUGAUAGUGCCGUUGAAUUUGGUGUUUUCAGCAAAUCCUUUGAUACUGCCGAUUCUUUUGGCGAAGCAGAGGUCAGAGUACGUGAAAUUUAUCCGUGUGACCUUGGAUGAUUUUAUGCGAGCGCUAAUUGAUAUGGACUACCUGUAUCUAGCACAGAGAUUAUCUCUACAGAGGUUGGCGGUUGGAGCCGCGAAGACCUACAUGUACCAGUUCACAUAUACAGGGAAACAUAGUCCCAUUAAAGAAUCGUUUGGGCUGAAUUUCACUGGCGCCGGGCAUGUGGAAGACAUAACUUAUUUCUUCAGGGUGAAUUCGUUCUUGGGCCCCAUAACUGAUGAGGAUGAAAUGUCGGGCACUACUGACGGUGAAAUGAAAGAACUCAUGACGACAAGCAUUGCCAAUUUUGUUUCGACUGGAUCACCAGUGAAGAACGACAGUGACUGGCCAGCGACCGACACGGAUCUCAGUUUUCAAUUAAUUGGAAAACCAGCGCUGAAUUAUUCUAAAAUAACACCUUACAUGGCUGAAAAGAAGGCCCAUUAUGAUGAUCUGUACUCAACAGCUGGAAGGAGUAUACCUUGAUUAUAUCAACGUUGUUAAAUAAACUAUUUAAACAUACAUAGUAUAAUAAUAAAUUAUGUAUGUAGAUAGGACAGAGCCUACCCCAACAAUGGGAAAGGGCUAGGGCAAAGAAGAAGUAAAAGUGCUUUUAAAAGCCUACUUGCAAAAAUAUAAUGAGUUUUUUUUAUAGAAGAAGACGAAUACAUGUUCUUUUUACCCGACUACGUCAGAAGGAGGGUUAUGUUUUUCAGAGACAUAAAAAUAGCUACAGUACAAACUGUGAUUUAAGCUGGGUUGCGCCAUCUUACAAUAACUUUGACAUACGUCAGAAAUCUGUCAAACUCCAUACAAAAAGCACCGGUUAU